AUUAGUAAGAAUUGUGCGAGCAACAUGGGAAGUUUACAAUUGCUGUGUGUUUUUCUAAUGACCUCUUCUGUUUUGAUCCAGGCGGAUAUAGAUAUUAACGUGGCCACGUCAAACCAGAUUCACAAGAACCUUAAUAGAACAUCCGCACCCUGCACAGAAUUCUGGAAUUUCGCCUGCGGCGGCUUUGCCAAAACUUCGGAAUAUGUCGACAACUUUGAGUGGGUCGAAGAUAAGUUUGCUAAUGCCAUGGUGGAAUUCAUGGAGAGCCAUGUGGGAGACAACGACACCCAAACACCCCAACUGAUUAAGCAAAUGCGAUCAUAUUACAAAGCCUGUACGGACGAUACGCUAAAACUGAACCUUAGCGAUCCUCAACCAGUUAUAUGGCGAUGGUUGCGGGAUGAAGAAGGAUUCCUCGAGCACGGCUUGAAUGGCGUAUUCUUUGAAGAGCGCGUUGAUGUGGCUACAAAUGAUUCCACUCGUCGCGUUGUGCAGAUAAGAAUGCCAGAUCAGAGUUCUAGAAUUAGUGACCUCCGGGUAUUGGAGCUUCUGCGAUUCCAUGACUGGGAGUACGAGAAUAAAAUGCUCCAAUUGGUGGAUAAAAUUCAGAAGCUGCAGGAUAAAUAUCGAGAAGCUAAUCCAGUGGUAUAUACAUGGACGUAUAAUGAGAUUAGACGGCAAAUCCCUAUUAUUAAGUGGCAUUUAAUAUUUGGUAAAUUAUUGGGAGUGCACCACACUUCCAAAGAUUUAGAUCAUUUGCUUUUUGAAGUUAGUGACGUGGAAUAUCUCCAGGAAGCUUUUCAAUUUGUGAUGGAUUUCGACCGCGGCGCCAAACACAUGUAUCUUCGAGUGCGCCACUUGGUUUUAAUCCAGGAGUCCGAACCUAGAGUCCGGAAUCCAAAGACCUGUAUUCACCACAUGCGAGCUUUUCUACCCCUGGGUGUGAAUUAUUUAUACGACCGAUUUGUGUACCAAAAUCGGGAGCAGGAUUCCCAUCGACUUCGAGAGAUCCUGGACAGUUUGAAGGCAACUUUCGGCAAAUACUUGGAUGCCAACCGCCUGCAGUUCACGCCAAACCAGAUGGCCUAUGUGAGGGCUAAAUUGGCAGGUAUUCAGGUGAAGGUGGGCAACCUACCGGAGGAGAAAUCGCCAGAGUUCUUUGACAAACAAUACGAGAGUGCUGUGUUCACCGAGACAAGUUUCCUGGGCAAUCUUAUAGAGGUUUUGGGGCUACGAACCCGUCUCCAGCAUACCGGUCUACUACAACCGGGAUCUAGACUGGACCUACACCGCUACUACGUCAACGACAAUGUGAUCAAGGCCCGAACUUCUCCUUUCUAUGAAAACGAAAGGAACACCAUUACAGUGCCCAUGGAAUUUCUUCAGUGGCCAUUGUUCGAUCACCGACAGCAUGCCAUUUUCCAACAUAGUCUUUUGGGAGCCGUCCUGGCUCACGAGAUGAACCACGCCUUCGAGCAGGAGGGUAUACUUUUUGACUACUCCGGAAAUGAGUCACCUGUGGGCCUCGGGAUUCGGGAGUCGCAAGCCUUCCAAGAUGCCAUCAAGUGUGCAGAGGGAACACCUGCCGUUUCGUUGAAAGAACGCCUGGCGGAUCUAAACGGUCUCCAGCUGGCCUACGACUCCUUCUUUGGAUUGGCCCAUGACUCCAGGAAAUGGGGCUACCGCCCUUAUGCAUUCGAGCAGGAGUUUAAGGCGCCACAACUGUUCCUCCUGAACUAUGCCCAGUUCUUCUGCGGCUCCCUGCCACCGGUGAUCGCCCACGAUCGGGAUGACGAGCGUGUCAACGUGAGCGUUGGCAAUUUGCGUCAAUUUGCAUACGACUUCAAGUGCUCAAGUCACUCGCCCGUCUGUGAAAUGUGGCGUCCACGGGAGGAGACCGCGCCUUUUGAAUAAAAUGACGCGUGGGGUAAAUGUUGAUCAAAUUUAGAAUAUCUCUUUUCUAUCAAAUGUUUAAAAGCACGCUAAAAAAAAAAAAUAAAUAAAAUUGUAUAAUGAAAACUA